AUGCCAGGCUCGUCGAUAGCAACGGGGGCUCCGUUGUCUCCGGUGUCUUCAACAGGGCCAAAUGCAAACCGUAUUCAGAAGCGCUCUAAGCGGCAGAAUAGUAUACAGGCAUCGGCAGAUAGCGUGGCUAGGAGUCUAGGGAUGCUGCCGUCAGGCCCGGUCCAUGUCAAAAAGGAGUCGUCUACCCUGAAUGGACUCAAGACGGAUGACUCUACAGCAAUGGAGAGUGAGACGCCCACAUAUCCAACAACAGAUAGUCCUGCUGCGGCGGGAACAUCUGCGGUACAAGAAGGAGGAGGAGGAGGAGGGUGCUGUGGGUCGAAACAGCAAUCAAACGGCCAUGUUCCUGCUGCCAGCGGGGAUAUCAAGCACAAAUCUCCCAGCUACGAGAUAUCCACCUCCUCUACAUAUACUCCUCUACGGUCUCAAUCGACCCAACUGAACGCACUGCAUAAAUCACUCUCAAUUCCUUCCUCGUUAUCCGAACUUGGACCCUCUCCCAGUCCUCUCCUCGUCAACCCAAUGGGCAACGGAUAUGGGCAAUAUCCUUCCAACUCCCACUCUGUUCCUACCACAACUUUUACGUCUCCAACUGUCAAACAACUACAUCAGCAACAGCAGUACAGCACAUAUGACCAAUUUGGACCCCCCGAUGAUUUUACACUAGGCCUUCCUGCAAGCUACAGCCAAACGACCCUCCAGGCCGGAUGCAAAGGUCAUAACUGUGGCUGUGGUGACGGCUGUCAGUGUCUGGGGUGUGCAAGCCACCCUUACAACGAUACAACCCGGCAUUACAUUCAAGAAAUGGGCUACAUGAUGGCAUCCGGAUAUGGUGACCAAGGAGUCGAAACAGGCGACGAAGUCCAAUCACCCCCCUACGAUGCACAUGUCCCCUCGAAACCGCAGUACCCUGAAUCAGACUUUGGCGGCUUCGGGCAAAGCCACUUUUCCCAGGGCUUUGUUCACAGCUCGCCAUUUCCACAACACUCCUUCAACUACGCAGAUAACCCUUCUAUAUCCGCAACAAUGUCUCAGAACGCGGUUACGAGUAACGGUGAACUGAUGAUGAGCCCUACUGCCUACUACACGGUGGAAUAUCCCAUCAGUAUGCUUGGGCCCUGUACCAACCUCACGGGGACCUGUCGAUGCAGCAUGAACUGUAGCUGCGUCGGUUGCGUAACUCAUCACGGCCACAGCGGCAUAUCUGCUGAACCCUCACCACCUCCCGACCUACCGCAGAUAACUAGUCCGGUAGAGAACACACCACAGAUCAACACCUUCUUCCCGAUGCAGACACAAACACCAUCCCUUACAGAUAUGCACAUUCAAGCAGAGGCGCAGGCGCAUUUGCAAGCACAGGUUCCAGUUUCUCAUGGGUAUAAUGCAUAUUAUUCUAGCCAUGCCACGGUGGAGUCUCCUCCUGCCUAG